AUGGAUGUAUAUGAUAAAACUCACGAGUUGGAAACUAUUAUUGGUGAGUGUAUCGAAGGAAAGGAUAUAUCCUGUGUCAAAAUACCUCUUGCCGCCAACUACCCAUAUGUAUUAAACGACACUCUAACACCUAUUCAAAUUGAACAGAAAAUUGGUGGGAAAUUGUCACUAAGCAAAGCUGGGUUUUUUAAAUCUACCAAGCCAAAACAAUUGGUACUUUCUCCAAAACCUAUAAUGGCUCCUUGGCCUAUCCUGGCAUUGGCUAAGGAUAUGGCCGAUAGGCAAUACUACGAACCAGCAGUUACUAAAUCAUUGGCCAAAAUAGAAUUUUUUAAUGCCAAAAAGACAAUUGGAAUUCAAAGUGUUGAUGAUGAUGAUGACGAUAUUAGUAAGGCAGCACUAGGCUGUGUAAAAAUCCAUUGGUUUCCAAGAUAUGUGGGUAGGACAAUGGAGGAGAUUUCCGAGUAUAUGAAAAGGGUGGAUAUAAUUGUCGAUGUAAGAGAUGCAAGAUUGCCAUAUGUAGCAGAUGAUGAUUUCAUGCUUAACGUCUACAAUAAUAUCUUCACCCAUAGACCAUCUGCAUUGGUAUUCACUCAUGCUGAUUUAGCUUCAAAAUUAGGUAAUGAAGAUUGGGCUAGAUAUUACAGAAUUAAGCAACACGAAUACGCCAAGAAGUUUAACCGUAAUAUCAAAGAUGAGAAACAGCAAAGAUUCGUAUCUCCAGUGAUAUUUUUGAAUGCCAGAAAAUCAGAUAAAAGCAUUAUUACGCUUCAAAAGUGUUUGAGAAAACUGGCAGUCAGGGCUAUGGAGAAGAGGAGUAGGUACGGCUUGGAUGCAAGACCAAUUAGGAUUAUUCUGGUCGGCAUGCCUAAUGUUGGUAAAUCUGCACUGGCAAACCGAUUAUUGGGGAGGAGGAAAGCAACUUGUUACGAUUUUCCUGGAACCACUAGAUCUAUUUCUUGGUUAAAACUUCGCCCCGAGGAACGAACCGAAGCUGUGUACAAAACAUUUGACAUUAUCGACACCCCCGGAGUCCUUCCCCCAAAUCUAUAUAAGGCUGUAAAAAGGGAAACAAAAAAUGACAUGUUUGCUCGUUUAUACCUUGGGACGGCUAAUGAGAACAGUGGGUCCAACAAAGCGAGGAGAAAAAAGCAUGGGUUGGAUGCUGAAUUUGACAUUUUGGAUGGGAAUGUAUGGCUAUUAGCAGCUGCAAAUCAGAUUAUGCACGGCAUAUAUGAUGUUGAUAGUGCAGCGGAGAAACUACUUUGCCAAAUUUUUAGGGUUGCCCAGUUAAAUAGUGACUAUGCCUGUCUGGAUAUAUUGCGGCACAGAUACAAGCUGGAUCCUGAUGAGUUCAUUGGUGAUGAUUGCGGACUUGGUGCGGAGAGCUAUUUGAAUGAGAUGGGGAUUAAGUUUGGUCAUAUUAACAACGCAGCAAUGCGCAUUUUAACUGAUUUCAGAAAAGGUUACUUGGGGAGAAUGACUUUGCAAACACCCCCGUGGCAGCGUUUAGUUUCUAAUUGCUAA